AUGAUGCUUACUGAAAAAUAUGGAGGCAUCGCAACCAAGGACCAAGCUUGGCAAGUACUUCUCGAAGGGAAGUACAAGCAAGACAAGCAAACCGUCGACGAGUACAUCGGAAAUCUCGAUAUCCUCUACCGAUAUGCUGAAAUCGACGACGAAUAUGCCAAGCUCAUCCACUUCAAACGAGGCCUUAAUGAGAAACUUGCAGAAAAAGUCUUCAUCACGGAAAGUCUGCCAACGACCUAUGCAGCAGCAUGUAAGGCCGCAAGAAAGGUCACGGACCUCCAGGACAUUCAUAGCAGAAAGACAAACAUCUUCAAGUUCAUCUCAGGCUCUUCAGGAAGCGGAAGAAGGACGGAGAAGGACCCUGACGUCAUGGACAUUGACCAGAUCUCCCCAGAAACCCAUCAGAAACAUUCUGUGGUGGACUCUGUUACAACUGCAGAAAAUCACUCAGGAAAGACAACUUCAUAUGCCAAGACCAAGACACCCAAUUCCAGGAUGAAGAAAUACUCCGGAUCUGGCAGACGAAGAAAGACUUCCAAGCCGACUAAAUCUUACUCCAAGGGAAUGGAGAAGAAACGAUGA